CAAUCAGCGGCGGCCGGGCGGCGGGAAGAUGGCGGCGCGGGGCGGCAGGAACGGGCUGCUCGACAAGUGGAAGAUCGAUGACAAACCGGUGAAGAUUGACAAAUGGGACGGUUCAGCGGUGAAAAAUUCCUUGGAUGAUUCUGCCAAAAAGGUUCUCCUGGAAAAGUACAAAUAUGUGGAAAAUUUCCACUUGAUCGACGGCCGCCUCAUCAUCUGCACCAUCUCCUGCCUCUUUGCCAUCGUGGCUCUGAUUUGGGAUUACCUCCACCCCUUCCCUGAGUCCAAACCUGUGCUUGCCUUUUGUGUGGUGUCAUACUUUGUGAUGAUGGGAAUCCUGACCAUCUACACCUCCUACAAAGAGAAGAGCAUUUUCCUGGUAGCUCACAGGAAAGACCCAGCAGGGAUGGAUCCUGACGACGUUUGGCAGCUCUCUUCCAGCCUCAAACGGUUUGACGACAAGUACACCCUGAAGCUGACGUUCAUCAGCGGCAAAACCAAGCAGCAGAGGGAGGCAGAGUUCACCAAAUCCAUCGCCAAAUUCUUCGACAACAACGGGACGUUGGUCAUGGAGGCCUACGAGCCCGAGGUGUCCAAGCUGCACGACAGCCUGGCCCUGGAGAGGAAAACCAAGUGAGCUCUGACACCACCAGACCCGGGGAGCGGCCGCAAUUAACACCAAUAAAGGCGAUUAACAAAGGGAAUCGAGUCAA